AUUUGCCAAUAUUUCUAUUUGCCAGCAAAAGCUGAUAUUCUUUGCAAGAAAAUAGUAAUGGCCCAACACUCCAUUGAUUCAUUUUCCAUUUUGGAUAGGAAAGCUGAUACCAGUGAUGGCAAAUUUGAAGUUCCAUCAUGUAAUCCGUCAACAUCCUGUGAAGAUGGAAGUUCGACAAUGGGAUCGGCAACAGAAGAAACCCUACCAAAUCAAGCAUCCUACGAGUUUAACACUUCAGUCAUGUUACCAACUUUAACAAAGUGUAGCAGGAUUAAUACCUUAUCUGAAGAAUCAAAAGUGGCACAAGAAGAAAUUAUAUCUCAUGUGGCAAAUUGUUCUGAAGAAGUUUUUCAGAGAAUACAGCAUCGAGAUGAGCCAACACUUUCAAUUCAGCAGAAAAAAGAGAUUGUAACAUCAUUGCUAAACUCCAGUCCUUCAAAUUUUCUUGUUAGAUUUGGAAAAUUCUUGGAGACAAGCCAUUUGAAUUACUUUCAUCAGUAUCAUGAUAGCUAUGAAGUUUCUUAUUAUCUCCAACAGUUGAACAAAGAAUCUAAGGCACAGGAAAUGAGCGUCAAAAAUCGUCGUUUCCAUGCAAUGAAUGAAUUGAUAAAAGAAGGAAAAUACUUCAGUAUGAAUGAAAUGAGGAAAAGAAAUCCAAUCCUCUUUCAUGAACUUAUUGAGAAGUACAUGACAUCUGAAGAAAAGAGGUCUCUGGAACAAGACCAGCCAAAACUAUGUAAUCUAUCCACCAUGUUCAUGGCCCACAUAGAUGGAGAUCAAACAUGUUCCAAAAGAAGGAAUGAACAACUAGCCAAUCAGUCAGCAUGGGAUGAAGCUUUAGCUCAUGAUGAAGAAGAAGAGGAUGAAGAUAUAGAUCAAAAUGAAAAGGAGUUCUUUCGAGAUGAAUUUAUAUCAGGUAUGUACAGCAGCUUUCUUCAAGGGCAUGACGAGGAAUUCGACUACAGCAAAAUCGAUGCUUCGAAUCAUAACGACAUAAUUUCUGAAAGAGACGCAGAAGAAAGAUAUUUUGACAGUGACUAACAUAUAACAAUUUGGAAUUUAAUAUCUUGUAUAAAAUGAUCUUUAAGUAUCUCACGUAUUCUGCUCCAACAUUGCCCGUUUGAAAAAGUAUUGGUGUUGUAUAGCUUGUCUCUCUUACCUGUGAGGGCUCAUUAAGCAAUUAAUUUUGAACCAGAACUUUUUUAAUACCAGGA